CCUGACAUUGACACACAGGGCGCCUUAGGACCGGGUGACGCAAACCAGCAGGCAGUCAGAGUGGAUUGUGUGGUCCCUGUACAGGAGCUCCAGACCCCCACCAGUUCCAGAAGCCACAGCCACCUCACUGGAUGGACAGAUACAGCAACAGGAUGAGCCUUGAGAGCUGUGGAUCUGUUUGAUGCUGUUUGAAACAGAGAAUUGCACUUGAUCAAGACACUCAUUUAGCUUUUAUUCAGUCAGGACAUGUUGAGAGAUAUUAUUGUCUUAGUGAGAGAGCAGGACUGCAGCAGACCACUGAGAGCGGGAAACAUAUCCCUACCGGACAGAGCAGACGGCGGCCAUUUUAAGGGACGCUGAACCAGACUUACACUUGGGUCAAGUGUCAUUCCAAUCAAAGGGGUCCAAGUCUUCUUGAACCCUGGGAGGAGAUUCUGAAGAGUGGCUUUGAUUUCUGGGCUAUAUUGUCAAUGUGGAACAGAGGAAGUGUCACUCUAGAAUCACUGAUUGAUAUGCGGUAGAGACGACCGUGUGACACAAUCUACAAGAGACUUCUACUACGGAGCCCAUUUGUUUUGCCCAUCAGAGUGAGAAGAAGGGACUGAGACAGACGCAGGAAGCCAACAUGGACAUAUUCGGUGGUGCCCCCCGUGUACUGGGCUACUCGCGCCCCGUGGCGGCACAGUGUGGCACGGACGCCGUCCUGCAAUGCAAGAUCGGCGGCGACCCUCGUCCCGAGGUGGUCUGGGAGAAGAAGAAUGUACAGAUCCUGUCAGAGGGACGCUACAGGCUGUCGGAGGAGGGCCAGGCCUACUUCCUACACAUCACUGGGGUCAGGCUGGAGGACGCAGGCCAGUAUAUCUGCAAGGCCAGUAACACCGUGGGUGAGACGUGUGCCUCUGCCACACUGAAGGUGGAGGGGAACAGUCAGGAGCGGGAAGGGGUACAGAAACAGACAGAGGUCAAUGGGGUGCAGCAAACCAGGCUGGAGAAUGGAGAGUUAGGGGGGCAACGGAAUGGGGAGUUUAGAAGGAAACAGAACAGGGAGUAUGGAGGGCAACAGAACCAGAAUGGGGAAUAUAGACAGCAAGAGAACAGGGAGUAUGGAGGGCAACAGAAUGGAGAGGUAGAGCAGAGGAAUGGAGAGCUAGACCAACAGAGCAGAAAGGUAGACCAACAGAGCGGAGCGGUAGACCAACAGAGCGGAGCGAUAGACCAACAGAGCGGAGCGGUAGAGAAGGAAAAUGGAGAGGAGAGUGAGCGGGAGAAAAAGAAGCAGCGCUAUGGAGGGGAGCCCCUGCUGUCAGACGACAGACCUCACUUCCUCAUCAAGCCCCUCUCCCUGAGGGUGGACCGGGGCGAGGACGCAGCCUUCUCCUGUAAGCUGUCGGGCAACCCUCUGCCCCAGGUGGUGUGGGAGAAGGACGGGAAGAAGCUGAGCGACAUCUUCGAGAGCGCCCACUUCAACAUCAGCAGCCAGGACGGAGGCUGGUUCCAGCUGAAGAUCUUCCGGACGCGGAUGCCCGACGGGGGUGUCUACACCUGCAGAGCCCAUAACAAUCAAGGAGGGGCGCUGGCGGGCGCAGUGCUGCUUGUGGAGCUCGUCCCGGAACGGCAGGAGAGCGGGGCGUCCACGUCAAAUGGGCACAGCAACGGGCAGACAUCACCUCGUAGUAUGAGGCACAGGAUGGGAAGACACGGUUUGUCGAGACAGCCGGACGAGCCCAAUCUGAACUCUGCCAAUGUGAAGAAAUUUGCGGUGUCGGAGGGGAAACAUGCUAAGUUCCGUUGCUUCGUGACAGGGAAACCUAAGCCUGAGAUCAUCUGGAAGAAAGAUGGAGCGCCCCAAGAGGCUGGGAGGCGUCACCUUCUGUUUGAGGACAGAGAGGGUUACUACACGCUCAAAGUGAUGUACUGUAAACAUCAGGACACAGGGCUGUACGUGUGUGCUGCGUCCAAUGCUCUGGGACACACCCUCAGCUCUGUUUACCUGACUGUCAAAGAUGUAGGAUCUUUAUUUGAGCCAGUUUGCUACAGCAGGGAAAUAAUCCUGCAGCAACAGGACAUGUGA